AUGGCCGACGUCCGCAAGAGGCCUGCCUCUGUUGAGUCCGAUGGACCAGCUGCCAAGAAGGCCCGCCAGCAGCUGCCGACGCCACACGACUCUGACGCCGCCUCCGAGCAGAACACGGUCGUGCCGGACACGCCGCUCACGCCCUUCUCCGUCGACCCCAACCGCAGCCGCGUCAAAUGCUACCACUGCACCUACCCCAACUGCGGCAAAGCGUUCAAUCGCCCGUGCCGACUGGAGGAGCACCUACGCUCACACACCGGCGAGCGACCAUACGCGUGCACCUUUGCCGGCUGCAACAAGGCCUUCAACCGCCAGACGCACCUGAACCGGCACAUCAAGGACGAGCACGACCAGCAGCGCGACCACGCGUGCGACUGGCCCGGCUGCGGCAAGAGAUUCGGCACCGCGACGCGCCUGCGCAGGCACCAGGAGGCCCACGAGAGCAAGUUCCACUGCACCGACUACCCGCCCUGCAGCGAGACGUUCCGCAAGCACUCGACGCUGCAGAAGCACGUGCUGUCGGCGCACCUGGGCCGGCGCCCGUACCAGUGCUCCCACGUCGACGAGGACACGGGCAAGCAGUGCACGCAGGCGUACGAGACGGCGUCGAGCCUGCGCGCGCACGAGGGCCGCGUCCACGGCGGCGCGCGCUACUUCUGCACACAGUGCGCGCCGGGGGCAGACGCGGAAGCGGCCUCAGUAGCAGAAGACGGGCAGACGCCGACGACGCUGGCCGAGGCCCCGGGCUUCGCGACGUACGCGCUGCUCCAAGCACACAUCAAAUCGGUGCACCCGCCGACGUGCGCGCACUGCGGCCUCACAUGCUCGACGCACAAGCAGCUACAAGCGCACAUCGACCUGGCGCACAGCGGGGUCCCGCUCGAAGCGCGGCGCAAGUACGUGUGCCCGCACGCCGGCUGCGGCCAGGGCUUCACCAAACAAGGCAACCUGAACGUGCACAUCCAGGCCGCGCACAAUGGGGUGCGGCGCUUCGUGUGUGGCGACUUCGACCCCGCCUCCAGCACCAAGGACUACAUCCGGGCAUGGACGGGGGCGGGCGCCUGCGGCCGCGGCUUCGCCACAAAGGGCAAUCUCGAGGAGCACAUCCGCACGCAGCACCUCGGCCUCGAGGGCACGCGCAAGGCCAAGCUGAAGGCCAAGUCCCUGCAACACAAUGACAGCGCACCUGAGACAGAGACAGCAACGACGACGACGCGCCCGCGCCGCACGCGCAAGGACGGCCCCGUCAGCCUCGCCUCGCGCCUGACGGGCGCAGGCUACGCCGAGGAAUCCGGCCGCGCCAUCGCGUGCAUCUUCGCCGACUGCGCGCACCGUUUCCACCGCGACUUCGACCUCGAGUUCCACCUGGGGGCUGCGCACGGGCUGAGCGCGCGCGACGUCGCAGAGGCCAUGACGGAGCGCGCGGCGUUUGAGGGGGGGCGGUUCUGGAUUGGUGGGGCCGAGGAGGUGGAGGUGGAUGCGGAGGGGGAGUGGGAGUGGGAGUGGGAGGGCGCUGGGCAUGGGCAUGGUCAUGGUCAUGGUCACGGCCAUGGACAUGGACAGUGGGGGAUGGGGAUGGAGGCGGGCGUCAUGGGCGAGGAGGACGAGGACGCGUGGGCGCAGGCGGAGCUGGAUCGGCGCGCGGGCAUCGUGGAUGCGGGACCGGGGGUUGAGAUUGGGGCCGGGGGCGGCGAGCUCAGCGCCGUGUGGGAUUACGUGCAGUACAUGCCUGAGGCGUGA